AUGCAUCUAAAGGAUAUCUCGCUGUUAUCACUGCAGCUUACCGCGUUCCAGGAGAGACUCGAAGAGGAAAAUGGAGGUUCUAAUAUAGGAGACGAACAGGAAGAAACAGCUAAAGGCGAUGAAUCAACUGAGCCACAUAUAGAGCUCGAUACCAUGCCUGUCAGUUUCAAGGAUAUACCUAUCUCCCUAUCAUCCUCUGCAUCUGAUAUGGCUCCUGAUUCAAAAUCAUUGCAACCGACUCCGGCAGGCUCCGGCCAUUGUGAGAAUAUUGGCGUCAUGGUUGGUGCAGUCAAUCCUCAAUACUAG